UACUUUGAAAAUGGAUCCAGUCAAGUCUUCUCUCCCACACAAUCUCUUUGCAUAAAUACAUAUCUCUUCUCUCCCAUUUCCAUCUAAUCAACCAAAAGCUAAAAAAUUCCUCAAAUCAACAAACACCCAUUUUCCCAUAUGCUGAACCUUUUAGUUUGUGGCAAUUUCCAAAACCAAUUAGAAGAUGAUAUACCACAAUGUUCAAGUCCCAAAUCAUCAAAAUCCAAAAGAAAAGUCAACAACAACAGAGACAAUAACCCUUAUGCUUCAAGAGGCUUAGAUAAAUUUUCUACCCUUUUAUCUGAACUUGAUCAAAGAAGGAAGAAAGUUUACUCACAAAUGAAUCCACAUGAUAUAUCUUUUGUUCGUUUUACAUAUUCAAGCAAUGAUGAUUUUGUUCCAAUUGUUGUUAAAGUGAAAAACAACAAUCAGAAAAAACAUAAGAGUGAAGAAAUUAAGGUAAGACAUUUAACUUCUUUUUCUGAACCAUUGGAUCAGAAACAUGUUGAAGAAAAAACAAAACAACUACCCAAGUUGGAAUUAUGUCAUGAUGUCGAUGAUAAAAUUAAGGUUGUCGAGAAGAUUGAAAUGUUGAAAAGACCUUCUUUUUAUGUUCCGGUUGUGUUGAUAUUGAUUUUGUUAAUGUUGACUGUAUUUGGAAGAUCUUUUGCGACGGUUUGUACAUGUGUUGUGUGGUAUAUAGUACCUAUUUUGAAAGAUAGUUCAAGUUCAAAGAUCAAGAAGAAAAAAGAUUAUGUUAAUGAAGGAUUAAGUUCUCCAAUAAGUGAUUCUAAAGCAUCUAAUGAUCAUAAGAGUUCUGGAAAACAUAGUCACCAGAAAAGCUGGUGAUGAUUUUUGUUUUAUGGUACUAAUGUACUAUAAUGUUUAUUUUAGUUUUAUGGGUUUUUCUUCUUCUAUUUUUGUUUUUUGAUUUGGAAUAGAAGUUUUCUUUGUGUAAAUUAUGAAUCUAUGUUUUCUUGGUGAUGUUCUUCAGAAUUGAGAUAGAUUGAAAAAUAUUCAAUCAUCCUAUUGAGGACGUUUUCUGAGUGUAAAUUAUGGUAGAAAUAGAAAUUACAGAUGUACGUACAUUGAAUGGUCAAUUAAUACUUCCUAUAGUUCCACAUAUAA